AUGCCACCGCUCCCCCCAUACUCCUAUACCGGCCCCCUCGACUGCACCAUCCCGCCAGACAAAACCAAGCUAGUCGGCAAGAGCGUCAUUGUCACCGGAGGCGCAAAUGGCAUGGGCGAAGCCACCGUACGGGCCUUCGCCGAGGCCGGGGCAUAUGUAACCAUCGCCGACGUCAAUGAAGAGCGCGGGCAGGAAGUCGCCAAGGAGCUCAGUCCGAACGCGCAGUUCGUAAAGUGCAACAUCACCAGCUGGGACGAGCAGGUGCGCGUGUUCGAAGCCGCGAUUGCGAACUCGCCCGGCAAGAGCUGCGACAUUGUCAUUGCGAACGCGGGCAUCAGCCGGGCGAGUGGCGAUGACCUGUGGCCGUUGGAUGACCCUAGCGGGCCGCCGGUGAAGCCUGACCUCAGGAUCAUCGAUGUGAAUAUGACUGGGAGCUUGUAUACGUGGAAGCUGGCGGUGCAUUAUUUCCGGAAGCAGCCUGAUGUCCCGGAGCGGGAUCGGUGCUUCAUUAUCACGGGGAGUAUGGUUACUUGGAUCGAUUCGCCGGUACGGACAGAAGCUUUACUGUUAUACUUGGGCCUUUAUUAA